UAUUGCAAUGCAUAACUUGAAUUCUCCGAAAUCAUAUUUACAUCGAGAAAGGUUCACUUCUUAUCAAAAGAGAAGAAAAAAUCUAAGCGAGACUGCACAUGCACAUGCUGACUUAGAAAAGGAUGGUGUGACCAGUCCAAAUCUUGUGUCAGGAGAGAUAGAUCUGGACAAAUCCAAAUCUGUGAGAAGUGACCAUAGAUCACUUGUUUUUAACACACUUCAAGAUCACGAAAAAGAUAAGAUUAUUAGACCCAAUACAAAUGCAUUCAGAAGAAAAUUAGAGCUAGGAAGUAGAUUGCUUAAUAACUCUGGAUUUACUCAGAAGUUAACCAAACCAAUAUUUCAUCCUAAGCCUGCUCUAAAGUUAAAUUCCAGAUUGGAUAUGAAGACUAAAAAGAAGAAUUUAAGCAAAAGGAAAGACCUCUCUUUCUUAAAAAAGAUCCGCAAUGCACAAAAGCUGUUAGCUAAAAAGCAAUCUGCAGGUAACCCACCAGCUCACCAUUCUACUACUCUCUUAAUCCUCCCCACCUAUAUAAACACCAGGAUACGGCCAAAUAGAAGACUAAUGUGAAGAUCUACAGAGACAUCUCCUGUGCACUCUGGAAGACUAUCAAACCUAAGCAAGAAAAGAAUCGUUCUUCAGAACAGGGAUGACCAACAGAAGCAGAAGAUGAUAAUGGAUCUAAAGAAGCUACAAAAGAAUUUGUUCAGCAAGAUUUCGAGCAAUGGACUCAACAUGCACAAGAAAGAGCAGUAUUUGAGAAGACAGAAGUUUACAAAGAGAAUGUUUGGAGGGGUUAAGUCAGAUGAUGAGUUGAGGAUUAGUGGGUUUGAACAGAGGAGAGGAGUUCAGGAGUAGGGAGGUGGGGUGAUAGAGAGUUGGAUGAUAGGAAGUGAUGGAAGUAUUAUUAGGAUAUUAUCAACAAUUUGAAGCUGAAGUGUUUUAGA